ACGCCAUUGCGGCUGCGCGCGGCCCAGGUCCCGGGACAGGGGGCGUGGCGCCGGGGCCGCCGAGCUCGCGCAGGCGCGGGGCCGCCCGGGACCGAUGGCGGCCGUGGACCUGGUGGCCGAGUUCCCCCAGCCCGCCGGUGCUACGCGCUGGGCGGAGGUUAUGGCUCGCUUCGCCGCCGGGCUGGGCUCGCAGGGGCGGCGGGUGGUGUUGGUCACGUCCGGUGGCACCAAGGUCCCCCUGGAAGCCCGGCCUGUGCGCUUCCUGGACAACUUCAGCAGCGGGCGGCGCGGGGCCACCUCCGCAGAGGCCUUUCUGGCCGCGGGCUACGGCGUCCUGUUCCUGUACCGCGCUCGCUCUGCCUUCCCCUUUGCCCACCGCUUCCCGCCCCAGACCUGGCUGUCGGCGUUGCGACCCUCUGGCCGAGCCCCUCCCGGCCUGCUGAGUCUGGAGGCGGAGGAGAAGUCGCUUCCGGGCUUCGCUGCGGCUCUGCGGAGCUACCAGGAGGCUGAGGCUGCCGGCACCUUCUUGGCCGUAGAGUUCACCACUUUGGCCGACUAUUUGCAUCUGCUGCAGGCUGCAGCCCAGGCGCUCAAUCCGCUAGGCUCUUCUGCGAUGUUUUACCUGGCUGCGGCCGUGUCCGAUUUCUAUGUUCCUGCCUCUGAAAUGCCUAAACACAAGAUCCAGUCGUCUGGGGGCCCGCUGCAGAUAACAAUGAAGAUGGUGCCAAAAAUGCUUUCUCCUUUGGUUAAAGACUGGGCUCCCCAAGCAUUUAUAAUUUCCUUUAAAUUGGAGACUGACCCCGCCAUCGUAAUUGAUCGCGCACGGAAUGCUUUGGAAAUUUAUCGACAUCAAGUGGUGGUGGCUAAUAUCCUUGAUUCACGCCGGUCGUUUGUGGUUAUUAUAACCAAAGACUCAGAAACCGAGUUACUGUUGUCAGAAGAAGAAGUAGAAAAGGGCAUAGAGAUAGAAGAGAAGCUAGUGGACGACCUUCAGUCGCGACAUACAGCUUUUAUACGUGACAAAAACUGAAGUAAAAAGCCCGUAUUUAUAGGCUCAAAAAUUGUUCAGUGGACCAGGGCUCUUACGUAUGGGGAGAACUAGAAUAAAUCUUUUUGCUUUCAGAAAGACAGAAAAUGAAGGGCAAAAGCUGCAAGUGGUACGCUGACAAGUGCGUUUGGUCUUUCAAAAGUCCUUUCCUACUCAUUAAAAAAUGAACAUAGGACCCCAUGUGGCUCAGCCGUAACAAACCUGACUAGGAUCCAUGGGGUGCGGGUUCCAUCCCUGGCUCCUGCGGUGAGUUAAGGACCUUGCUGUGAGCUGUGGUGUAGUUUGCAGACGCGGCUCGGAUCUGGCGUGGCUGCGGCGUAGACUGGCAGCUCCAGCUCCAGUUCAAGCCCUCGCCUGGGAACUUCCAUAUGCUGCGCAGGUGCGGCCCUAAAAAACGUACAAAAAAAGGAAAACAGGGCAAAGCAGUUAUGACCAAACCGCCUGACACACUCACUUGAAUGUUACCUUGAUUUUGAAAAUGAACCCAAGCUGUUUUUCACCUUUUAAAAAAAAUCUUCCUGGGAAUUAUAUUCCUCAGAAUACACAUGUGGGGCCUGAAUAUCAGUCUUCCUCAUACUGUAGCAAGAAUUAGGGGUGCAUGAAUGGCCACGCUUUGAAGAUCAGGUAUUUGUUGAUGCCUGCUAUAUGCAGGUCCUGAGGAGUCUGAGGAUUAAAAGGAUGAAUCAACAUGUCUGGGUUGGGAAAUGAUUAUAUAAAAAAUUAAGUACAAUAAAGUGUGUGCCCAAAAGUCAACACAAUGGAAAGGGUGUUUUUUCGAAACGUAUUUUAGUGAGAGUAGGAGAGAAGGACACUUCCCCAAGAUAGAGUGCCUGUAGAAUGGUUAGCUUCCACUGCAUUUACUUUGCCUAGAUUCUCCCCAUAUUUGAGUUAAGAAUUUACCUUUCAAAUAUUUCAGAACUGCUCUUGAGGGAAGGCUAACCCUGGCUGCUACCUGGGGCUGGGCAGGGGCCAGUUGGUAACCACUGCCCUGAGGGAGGCAUUACAAUGCAUUAAAGAGUAUGAGUUUUGGAAUCGUUUUAGCCAGAUUUGACCCUUCCAGCUGCGCUUAGACACCUGACUUCAUCACAACUUCCUGGUCUGUAAAAGGGUGAUUAUCUCUACAAAAUGCUGCCAUUUGUUCCGAGGAUUAAACAAGCAAAAGUGAAGAUAAAGCAUUCAUCGGGCACCUGGCACAUAAUUCACAAUAAAUGGUGCCCUGCUCGGUUCCUGAAUCCUUGAGAAGUUUUCAAACCACUGACUGUCCUGGGCUUUUGGUUGGGAGUGCAAAGAGGUAUAGUCUAGAGAAGCACCCUGAAUGAGCCCUAGGAUGGUCUAGUGUGCAAUGAGAAAGAGUACCAUUAAGAACUAGGUAGAAGCAGGUACCUGAGUUCAAAUGCAGAAAAUGGAGUGAAUUGGGGAGGGUAGCCCAAUGUGUCUGUCUGGCCAUAGAGGUACAAUAAACUUUAAUUGAAAAAGUUGAAAGAGAAGUGCCAAGAUACACCUGAAUACUUCAUUACAACCACCACUACCCUAAAUGAAGUUAUUUAGAGGGUUUUUCGAUUCCGUUUUGUUUUCACUCAGAGCAUUUAAACAGUAUUUGUGGAGUUCCUGUCAUGGCCCAUCGGUAAUGAACUGGACUAGUAUCCAUGAGGAUGUGGGUUCCAUACCUGCUCUCGCUCAGUGGGUUAAGGAGUCCACAUUUCGGAGAGCUGUGAUGUAAGGCGCAGAUCUGGCGUGGCUGUGGUGCAGGCCUGAGGCUACAGUUCCCAUUCAACCCCUAGCCUGGAAACUUACAUAUGCCGAGGGUUCGGCCCUAAAACGAAAAAAAAAUGUGUAUAUAUAUAUAUAUGAACAGUAUUUACAUGUCAAAAUUCCAAGGGGUUGGUUCUUUGGAUUGUUUCAUCGGCAAGUGAAAGAGUAUAAAAUAAAGAAAACGAAGAAAGAAAGGGAGCACAAAUCAAUGAGAGCGAAUAAGGAGACACUCGACCCGGAUGGGAGGAGGGAGGAAUGUAUCCCUGAGGAAAUAACGCUUGAACUGCCAAGUGGAAAGUCAAGUGGGCUGAAGGUGAUGGUGGUGAGCGUUUCAGAUCAGAGAAAAACACCCCGGCGAGAGCUCUGGUGCCAGAGGGAAUGACUAAAGCACAUCUAGAAGGUAAGGAUAAGACCCGGCCGUGUAGUGCGUCUAGAACUGGCAAAACUUUGCAAAGGACCCUGCGCGAAACCAGCAAGACUAAGAAAUGUCAAGUUUGUUUAGGAUAUCAGCAAAGGAAGGGCCCCAAAACGGGUAAAAUCGAGCUCUGAUGAACUAACGAGAAUUUUGCAAUAAGAGCAUUUAAGCGAGGAUGAAAUAAACCGAGCCUAUGUUAAAUUUUGUGUCAUUCAGUUUUAUUUUGCAUCAACUAGGAUGCCGUUUUCCUAAACCGAAUAUUCAGUGUUUAGGACUUCUAAAGGACUUCGGCUUUACGGAUCAUUCUAGUCAAGUCCAGUUUCUUCAUUUUUACCAUAAUGAGCUCAGUCCGAAAAUGUGAUUUGUCCGGGGCCCCAUCCAGUUAGUGACAGGUCCUCACCCACAAUUCAGAACUCCUGACCGCGCAGCCUGUCCCUUUUAUGUAUAAAGUUACUUCCAGACAAUAAGUCCAAGUUUAUUAGGCCAGGGCUCUAGAUAAGGCCUGGCGGAAGCUAUUUGAGAACUAUAAAUGCCCUGAGACAAGACUUGAGCUGCAAAUACGCGCCACGAAGUGACCCUGGGUACUACAGAGCCAAUGGAAAGAGCCGUACCUUCGUUCCCGUCAAAGCUAAGCCAGGAGCCAAUGGUCGGCGCCGUAACAAUGAUCUCCGCAGGAAGCGCAGCCCCUGGGCCAAUGGAGCGCGUCGUUUCUAUGGUUCCCGCCGGAAGAAGGCGGAGGCGUCUCCGCGGCGAGCGCGGUUGCUAUGACGCCUGAGACUGGGCAGGCACCUGCCGCUGGCCUCUGAGCGGCUGUGGAGCGGCGUUGGGCGCGCCCUGGGACCCUCACAGCGCUCACCGAAGGACACUUUCGGGCCCGGGUCCCGAGGCUCCGGCCGCAGACCCGAGGAGGAAAGGACCUAUUCUCCGUUCUUUUUCAGCAUCCCGGUCUUUCCCUCUUCUCUGCCCAGCAUGGCCCGAAACGACAGGAGAGCCUCCUCUGGAUCGGCCUUUCCAACCGCGGGCUGGAGGGAUUCUGCAUGAGGAUGGAGUCGCCGGUUUCCCGGGACCCACGCACAGCAGGCAUUUAGAGUUAGGCUGCUGCUCUUAUUUAAAGAGGGCUGAGAACACCCGCAAUCUGUUGGGUAGGCGUUCCUUUUCUCACUUUCCAGGCGAAGACUCACCCCUGCACAGAGACCGGGCCUGAAAAUCCAGGCCAUGACAAAGUCCACCAAACCACCGCUUCGCCUGGUUGCCGGCCUGUGAACAAAGAACUGCCAUUUUCUUCUUUUUGCCCUGUGUUCGUCAUGCACCUUACUUCCUGAUGAAGCUGGAGGCCUUUUGCAUCCUCAACGUCAAGCGUCAUCAAGAAGAAGUUCAGUUAGAAGACUUUCUUCACAUCUUGAGAAAGAAGGGAUUGAACCCCUUUCCUUUAGAGAACAGCCCUCUAUUUCGUCUGGGGCUCGUUACAGCAAGCACACCUGAGGACUGCCUCCAGGAAUCUAGAAGAGCUUCCAGUGGAGCCCAUGGAAGAAUUGAAAGAAGUGGAAAAUUAUGCAAACCGCGUCUGUAACUUACCAGAGGCAAAAGAAGCAUUUUCUCAUGGUUGUGAAAAGGAAAGCAGACAGCCUAGACAUGAGUUUAAAGAGUUCCAACUCAAACCAGGAGAAAUUUGAACAAAUCUACCAGCCUCUGCAAAGGGAACAUCAGAGACAUCAAGAACCUGCACAUCAGUCUAGAAAAAAUUUGAGCGAGAUGCACGAUGAAGACCCAGGAAAAGAUAAAACGUCGCAAAACUGCGUGGAGAGAGAUUUGGAGCACGCCGCAAGGAGCCUGGGGACGGCCCGUGAGGAGAUCUGCAGGCUGGCCGCCCAGGAACCGCAAGGCCAGGGGGAAGAGCAGCGCAAAUUAGAUUCUGCAUUUGAGAAGUCUCAACUAGAAGUUGAGAAAUUAAAAGAACUUUUGAAAGAGCUGAAAGAAAAUGGCUCAGCUGACUUACAGAAAGCAAAGGAACAUAACCGGAGACUGGAUGAGGAAAUUCUGGCUUUAAGGAAUCGGGUUCGAUCACUUGACUC